AUGAUGCCUCGGGCCUUUUGCAGCUUCCAAGAGGACGGGAAGUCGAACAGACGGAUUGUUGACUGCGGCUAUGAAGACAUACCUACCUGCAAGUUCUAUGCGCCGUUCGCCCAACCUGACGCGAGCCAGCUCUCAGCAGUCGAAAAGUUCAACGCAUCAUCUCAAGUGCUUGGGGGCGCGUUGCAAGCCGAGAGCAGGCACCACUGGACAACAGCCAAGACGCUGCUUGAAGUGGCAUCAUCUCUUGAUGUGGUUGCGCAGCCCCAGCUGGUGUUCUGUGUUGCAACUGCCAUCUGCAGCUUAGUGCUGGUUGGAGAGUUGGCAUCUUUUCGUGGCUUUGAACAUAGCCGCUUCUUCUCCACGCUGUUGGCGGCAAUAAGCCUCGUUGGUGCCAACCUUGCAGAGCACGCAAACUUGCAAGCAGGCAUAGGUGUCCUGGAUCUUAUCUAUGCGCGAUUCGUCAUGCUUGCCUUUACGGGUGUGGCCCUAGUGAGGUUUCAUCCAAGGAAGCCAUCUGCACUGCCAGACAACCCUGAGCAAGCCAUUCAGAUGCUGCUGGGCACCUUCUCGGUCAGUGCCAGUUCUAUGCUCCUUUGUGGUGGUCUGCACUUAGCACCUGGAACUUUCGUGCUGAUAGGACUUGCAACUGUUCCCAGCCUCGGCGCAGUGUUGAAGCAGUGCGUUCUCAAGGAACAAAUUGAGUGGGAUGAGAGUUUAGCCUCUGUCGGGCUCCUUCUCUCCAUGUUGCCCAUGCUUGGAGCUGCAGCUCACAGUAGCCAAUCAGCGCUGCUUGGCACGGUGCUGGGCUUGCUGGCAGCCUUGGCGAUGGCAACAUCUGCUCUGGUGCAACGGAAUCUGUGUGGUACAGUCCAUCACACGGUGAUGUUGACCUGGUCAGGCGGAGUGGGACUCAUCAUGUUCAGUCCGGUAGCCCUCAUCUUUCCUGAAGAAGCUCGUGUCCUUUGGACCCUAGACUGGCCACACUUCGCAUCCUUAUUCCUCUAUGGAUCCCUGAACCUGGCGUAUUCGACGCUUCUACUGAAGGUAGCAAACAGUUCUUUGGGAAUUAAGGCGGAGGCCAGCUACGUGCUCUUUGCCGGGAUAUCUGCUGCAUGUCAGUAUGCUUCAGACAUUGCGCUGCUUCAUAAUGUGUUCGCCAUGGUGGCGCAGACAAGCUUCGCGCUUGUCGCCACAUUCCUCACGUUCUCGUACUUUGUAUCCUGCAGACAAAUUAUCAGAGUGGAGGAAUGCAUGAACAUGGCAGGAACUCUUCAGUUCGAGCCGCAGCGAUUCAGCCAAAGGCUUUCGCAACCGGCAGAAAGUGACAUGCAUGUACCAGAGCAUUAG